AUGGCUGGAUCCGGAACGCCCUUGAACGAGAUUCCGCCCAAGAAUGGAUCUAAGGCACGCGUGACCCGUAUUUUAUCCACGGAAGAAAUGAUGUGGUCCAUUAAGUGGGGACUUAAAGGAGCCACGGAUGCAUCUGUUGAGGGGACCAUCGUUAACCCAGGGGGUAAAAAUGGUGAACGCACUGGGAGCGUAGUUCUGCCUCUUGAGCUCAAAACAGGAAGCAAAAAGUAUGCCGGCGUUGAGCACCAGGGUCAAGUGAUCCUGUAUACUCUACUACUGAACGAACGCUAUCGCCAACGCUGUCAGGACGGACUAUUGAUCUACGUUCCGCCCAUUGAGACCAACCGUAUCACAGCCAUGGCGACUCAUGUUCGUGGGCUCAUCAUGACGCGUAAUAAUUUCGCCAGUGCUAUUGCAAAAGUGAAGUCUAUCGGUGGCUCUACAUCCGCUCAGGUGUUCCCGCCGAUGAUACGCAACCGCAGAGAGUGUGAGCGUUGUUUUCAGGUUGACGAGUGCGUUUUACACCACGCGGCAACAGAAAAUGGCACCGAGGACUCGAGUGGUCUCGGUGAACUAUUCACUCUGAUGACGAAACAUCUUGGUGAAGCAGAUUUAAAUUAUUUCAAGCACUGGAAUCAUCUCAUUGAUCUGGAACAGCAGCAUGCCGAGAAGAAUCUCCGCGCUCUGUGGCUUCAAGUUGGUUGGAAACGCGAGAAAGCGCAGGAGGGUAGUACCUGCAUUGCUAGUCUCAAAAUGGUAUCCGACUCGCCUGCGCUGUCGGAGUCUGGAGCGAAACGAACUCUACGUUUUGUCCGCGAUAGGCGGAAGCGAAGAGAUACUGGAGAUAGUGAGGUUAAUUCACAACCAACGUCGUUCGCAGACGUGCGUUUCCGAGUGGACGAACGUGUUAUUUUGUCGGCAGAAUCGCUUGAUGGAAAGAAUCUUCUGGUUCAUGUGUCUCGUGCUACUGUUCGCAAGAUCGAACAUGGACUUAUUACAAUUGAGUCACGUCAAAGUAUCCCGUUGAUCGUGAAAAGCGGCCAGUCUGUCGUGGGUAAAGAGUAUACGUGGAGGCUGGAUAAAGACUCCAUCAUGAGUGGCUUACGACGCGCGAAAGAAAACCUCGUGCAAUUAUUUAUUGGACCUCCGCCAGAGGUGGUUUCAGCCGGAACAGCGUUAGUGAACCGACCUGAAUUGCAGGUACGUAUGGACUCGAUGGUCUCAGCAGGAAAUAAUGGCAAUGGCGACCACAAAGUAUCAGGAACAGGUGAUACGAGAAGAAGAAACCUGAUUGUGCAUCUCGCUCGUCCGCAUUUUAAACCUUGUCGGGUGACGGAUGUCAUUACGCAGCGAUGUCGAGAUUGUGCUAAGGACGACCAUGACGGUAGUGUGGCAGCGCACGGUCAAUCGUUACUGGAUGCGUUUUACGAGUUGAAUAUCGAUCAGCAGCGAGCUGUCCAACGUGUACUGAGCUCUCUCGAUUAUGCGUUAGUACUGGGAAUGCCGGGAACAGGCAAAACCGCGACAAUCGCUUACACUGUUCGGGUGCUGCUGUUUCUCGGGUUUUCUGUACUGGUAACGAGUUAUACUCAUUCAGCUGUGGACAACCUACUGCUCAAGCUGCUCGAUUAUAAGACCCCCAUGCUUCGGAUCGGCAACGCUGCUCAGGUCCACCCCAUGAUUGCAGACUUCACACUCGAUCGACAAGCGGAACUCGAAGGAAUUUCAAGCGUCCGGACCAUGGAAGCCAAGAUGGUUAAUGCUCAGUUGGUGGGCUGUACGUGUCUGAGUGUGAAUAACCAUGUGUUGUUUGCCAAGCGGCGAUUCGACUUCUGCAUCGUCGACGAGGCCACUCAAAUCACGCAGCCUAUUGUCUUGAGCGCUCUGCGUUGCGCAGAUACGUUUGUACUUGUGGGAGAUCAUUACCAGCUCCCUCCACUCGUGGCAAACGCCCAGGCUCGCAAAGAAGGCAUGGAUGUGAGUUUGUUUCGAAGACUGGCUGAAGCUCACCCAGAAGCGACUCAACAACUGUCGUAUCAGUAUCGAAUGAACAGAGACAUCAUGCUGCUGGCGAAUCGACUGGUGUACGGCGACAAGCUCAAGUGCGGGUCGUUUAAGGUUGCGUCGAACCAUCUUAAGCCAAGAUGGCAGCGGCAAGACACCAUCGCACAGAAGUCUGUGUGGCCAAUGCGAGUGCUGACCAAUAACCAAGGCGUGAUGUUCCUAGAUACGGACGCCAUGGGUGAAGCAACAUCGGAGAGGUCGAGCACUACGCAGUUAGGAAGUAGUGGUCGUCGACGCAUGGAAAACGUCGUGGAAGCGCAGGUGAUUGCUGGAUUUGUGGAGCUUCUCGUCCUUGGGUCGGUCCCACCUGAUGAGAUCGCAGUUAUCUCUCCCUUUCGGUCUCAAGUGGCGUUGAUUCACCAGCAUCUAACUGCCGUUGCUGCAUUCCGUCGAGCUGGGGGAUCCGACUGGAUUCAUUCUAUUGAAGUAAGCACCAUCGACAAGUACCAGGGCAAGGACAAGGGCGUGGUUUUGGUCUCUUUUGUCCGAUGCAACGAGGAGAAGCACGUGGGUGAACUGCUAACGGAUUGGCGUCGCAUUAACGUGGCUCUAACGCGUGCUAAACAGAAGCUGCUUCUCGUGGGGUCUGAAUCUACUCUCAGUGGCGGUAGCGCUCUCUUCCAUGUCCUCUCGGGUGUCAUAAAGGAACAGCAGUGGGGAUUAAAGCUGCCACGUGACGCUGUGGAAACUCUUCGACAAUUUGCAGUGAGUGUGGCAGCUCCCAUUGAGCCUGACCCCGAACAAGGUACGACUCCGGGACCGAGAUCUAGUCGAGCAACCGACAAUGUGAAAGUUUCGAUCCUUCAGCGCUCUACUGGGGGCAACGGUGACAUCGAAUCGCUCGUUCCCAACGUGUCGAGUGUUCCUUUAUGCUCUCGUCGGCCAGCGCAGAUGAAACCUAUUUCGCGUGACAUAUUUGGUGAGAUGUGA